CGUACGGGAUGCAGUCGGUUAACAGUCAGUUCACCGUUAACUCGCGACGACGAGUCGUGUUUUAUUCUCUUAAUUAUUAAGAACAUACACACGUGUUAUUCACAUAAAAGGAAACAUAGUACGAACCGAUAAAAUACUUCCAUCUCCUUUAUAUAUAUAUAUAUUUCUCAUAUCUCUCUUUUUACUUUCUCAAUUCUCGUAUAUCACUUUAUUUUUUCUCCCACCGGUAACACUUGAAUCUUCUCUUUUUUUUGUUUCUUUUAUCUUCUUGGAGAAGUAUCAAAAAUAGACGACAAUUUUCACGAGGAAAAACAAUCAUACUCGCGAGCGUUCGUCGACAUCGAAUGGGACGAGGGUAGUUGGGGGUAUGGGUGGGGGGUCAAAAAGCAUUCUCGAACUUCUCUUUCCACUUUGUUCUAAACCCUCUUCCCUUACCAUUACACCAUUAACCUAUCUCGAACGAAUCGGUUUUUCAAUUUUCUCCUCUCCUUUUUGCUUUCACCUUACUCCCGCUUAGCCAUUGGAUAGCUCGAAUGGAAACGUCGAGUCAGAAUCCCAAUCGGUGGCUCUCCUUUCUCUUCAUAUCGUCAUCGACGGGUUGAAGUUGUGUCGAUGGCGGUUAUCCCCUCUUCGUAACCUAUUCAAGAGUUUAACAGAUGAGGGAAAGAGAGGAGGGGAUCAGUAAAAGGACGCGAGCGUUGGAUCGAAGAGGGUACGGAUCGAGCUCGCACCCAGUCUUAUCUAAUCGUACCUUUACCUAUUAACUAAGGGACAACAAAUCUUCUUAUUUCUAUUUCUAUUUUUUAUUGUUUUUUGCAAAAUAAGUCUAAGAACAAUUUACUGGGUAAUAUAUUGAGUUAACAAACGGUUUACAGAUCACGUGCGUUUGUUCGAAAAAGGGCGCGCAUGCGUGAAUUCUGCGAUUCCGCGACCAAAGAAUCGGCCAGUUGUCCCUUAACUUUAAGUCGUCUUCGGGGACUCGAGAAGGACGUGAUUUUUGCUACCUUCUUUUUCUUUUUUCUCUCUCUUUCUCUCCUCUUUCCUCCUCCUCCUCUUCCUCCUCCUACUCCUGUCUUCGAAUAUUCAUGAACGGUGGAAGAAAAAUAAGAGUGAAUCAUGUUUACGUGGCCUUGUCCUUCGUAAUUUUUUCGCGUGUUCGAUAUUAAGUUCGAGUUUUAGAGAUUUACGUAGUUGCGUUUGCUUCUUUUAAACUGCUCGAUUAACAAGGAGGUACGGAAUAAAUUAUCGAGGAAGGACAUUCGUGUAGUAAGCUGUGCCAUUUUUUAAUUUUUUUUUUCAUUCAUUUAUUUAGAUACGUUCCUGCGAAAAUUUGAUCAUUUUCAUUGAAUUUGACUAGCUGUUGUAUUUUUCUCCCUUUUCGUUGGUUUCUUUAUUAUUAUAUUUACAUAACUUCAUUACAAAGUUUUGUUCAUGAGAAAUACGGGAAUAUUGUGAAGAAUUUUUUGUAAGAAUCAAAUCCACAUAAGUCACGGCCAAUCGAAAUCCUAAGGUUUCAUGAUGCAGUGAUCAACGAUAUUGCCACUCGUCUAUCUUCGAUACGAAAAAGGGACAUGGAUAAAGACAGGAAUGCACAGGUCGCAUCUCCGCCUGAUAGAAGGGUCACGAGAGACGACAUGGGGGUGGCCUCGCACGGUGCAGCUUCGAACGCGAAUGCGUCUACCGGUGGUUGUUCGAGUGGUACAACUCCACCACCACCACCGAUACCACCGUCAUCACGUCAACACAAUCCUUCCUCCCCUGGUCGAAAUGGUCAGCUGUCUAAGCAAGGCACACUGACGAUAGUACGACGCAGUUCGGGUAAAAGCAAAAGCCUCGGCGGUGGCAGUUUCGAGAGUUCACCGUCGUCGCAUAAUCCUGACAGGUUUUUGUCGAGUCAGUCCGUUGAUCUCGACGAGAUCCUCGAUAAUGUUGAUCUCACGACAGAUUCUCUACCAGCCAUCGACACCCCCGACGCCUGCGACAAAGCUGCCCUCAGGCUUCGUUGUCUGUUGAGGCAGCUUCAACACGGCGAAAUAUCAGCCGAGUUGCUUCAAAGAAAUUUACAAUACGCUGCACGCGUAUUAGAAGCAGUCUUCAUCGACGAGACAAAGGUGAGUUCAGGCGGGAAUGAGUGCUCUCGGUCAUCACGUAGGGGUCCGGUUCUGACUUCUACAUCCCUGGGGGGCAGCAUGGACCCGGAUGGACCACAGAGCCAUGCAGUGGUAACCCAGAAAAGGAAGCUUCGCACCCCUGUCUGGGAAAGAGAUGCCGACCAAACGGAAUCAGCUGCUACUUGCCGACAAGGUGUACGUCGUAGACGAUUGGCAGAUGAAGAUGACGAACUGUCAGAAGUACAACCUGAUGCAGUACCACCCGAAGUUCGAGAAUGGUUAGCUUCGACUUUUACCAGACAGCUGGCAACGACGAGACGGAAGGCAGACGAAAAACCAAAAUUUCGAUCUGUCGCUCAUGCCAUCAGAGCUGGAAUAUUUGUUGAUCGGAUUUAUAGGAGAGUAACCAAUACCGCUCUGAUGCAAUUUCCGCCAGAUGUUGUUAAAGUACUCAAGACGUUGGACGACUGGUCUUUCGACGUGUUUUCAUUGAGCGAAGCUGCACUAGGAGCUCCCGUUAAAUACAUAGGAUACGAUCUACUGAAUCGUUACGGCAUGUUACAUAAGUUCAAAGUACCACCCGCGGUUCUGGAAUGUUUCUUAGGAAGAAUCGAAGAAGGAUAUUGUAGACAUCGGAAUCCAUAUCAUAAUAAUCUUCAUGCCGCUGACGUAGCUCAAACUAUGCAUUACAUUUUGUGCCAAACGGGGCUAAUGAAUUGGCUGACCGAUUUAGAAAUAUUCUCAUCUCUCGUAGCGGCGAUUAUUCACGACUACGAGCACACCGGGACCACGAACAAUUUUCACGUAAUGUCUGGCAGUGAUACGGCUCUUCUUUAUAACGACCGUGCCGUGUUAGAAAAUCACCAUACAUCAGCGAGUUUCAGAAUAUUAAGGGAAGACGAGUGUAAUAUUUUGCAAAAUUUGUCGCGAGAAGAAUACAGAGAAUUUCGUUCUCUCGUGAUCGACAUGGUAUUGGCCACCGACAUGAGUUAUCAUUUUCAACAGCUGAAAAAUAUGAAAAAUCUCUUAAGCUUGGCAGAACCUAGCGUUGACAAAAGCAAAGCUGUCAGUCUUGUGCUACACUGUUGCGAUAUUUCUCAUCCAGCGAAAAGAUGGGAUCUUCAUCAUAGGUGGACGACGCAGCUGUUGGAAGAGUUUUUCAGGCAAGGAGACAAAGAGAGAGAACUUGGCUUGCCGUUUUCACCAUUAUGUGAUCGAAAUAAUACAUUGGUAGCUGAAUCUCAAAUCGGUUUUAUAGAAUUUAUCGUUGAACCGAGUAUGCAAGUGUGCAGCGACAUGUUGGAGACAGUUCUUGCACCUUUGAACGUUAAAGAAAGCGUAGAUGAAUCUGCUAAUGGUUCAACGCCGGAAAGUAAUAGGUUUAAAAUAGGCAAACCAUGGAUACAAUGUUUGGCAGAGAACAAACAAAUUUGGAAGGAACAAGCAGUUCGUGAUGCAGAAAUUAGAGCACAAAAGGAAGCUGAACAGAAUUCUAAUGCCGAAGGGGAAGGGGAAAACGUUCAAACGACCGCCGAAGAGUGAAAAAUGUGAUUCGAUGAUUGGAUUGGAAGCUUAAUAAUUUCAAAUACCAAAUAUCUUCUGUGCGAUUUUAGGCUACAACAACAAACGAGAUUAUAUUCUCAAAGAAAAAAUACCAAAAAGGAUGAAAAUAAGAAAAACAAGAGAAAAGAACCAAGAAAAAAAAAACUACUCGCGUUUAAGCCGAACCUUCGAAAUAUUUUUUUUUCUUCGUCUCAACACCUUUCCAUUUAUGAAUAGAAAUUUACAAAAAAAAAAAGUAAUGAAAUUUCACCGUGAAUGCAAAAGUAGAUAUUUAAUUAGCAAAAAAAAAAAACAAAUCGUGUAUGCUACUUAUGUAAAUGAUGAUUGUAGCUCUCUCUUUCUCUCUUUCUAUAUCUUUCUUUCUCUACCUAUACACAAAUACCUCGAUUCUAGUUUUCGUGCAACGACACACAAAUUCUCUAAAAACUUUCGAAAAAAAAAAAAAAAA